AUGUUGGCGGAAAUUGUACUGAGUGCACUUUGUUCUGCACUUGCUGAGGCCUCCUCGCAUCAAAAUCACAUUCCUGUCGAAGUCGAAACUAAGCUUGGUAAAAUAAAAGGACAGGAAUCGAUAUUUCUCCACAAAAGGGUGCGAUCGUUUCUAAGCGUUCCCUUCGCUGAGGCGCCGGUUGGUGAGCGACGGUUUCGACCGCCGAAGCCAAAGAAACCAUGGAAUGAUACAAUCAUUGCCAACACAUUAUCUCCAGCAUGUUAUCAGGGUCGAGACUCAUAUAACACCUCAUUUUGGGGUUCAGAAAUGUGGAAUCACAACACACCUGUCAGUGAGGAUUGCCUUUUUCUCAAUAUUUGGACUCCAGCUGAAGCAUACAAUCUAACUGUGAUGGUUUGGUUGUUUGGCGGUGGCUACUACUCAGGCAGUCCUUCACUGAUCCUCUACGACGGCAAGGCUUUGGCUUUGCUGGGAAAUGUCAUCGUUGUGAACGUGAACUAUCGAGUAGGCCCAUUUGGAUACCUUUUUAUGGACGACGAAGACGCUCCAGGAAACGUUGGGAUGCUUGAUCAACAACUCGCUCUUUACUGGAUCCGAGACAAUAUUUUCAAUUUUGGAGGAAAUCCAAGCAGAAUUACGGUAUUUGGUGAGAGUGCUGGAGCAGCCAGUAUAGUCGCUCACCUUAUCGCUCCAGGAUCUCAGAACCUAUUCAAAAACGGCAUACUCCAGUCUGGUAGUCUGGAUAACAAAUGGUCAAUGGAUCCACCAAGUCGAGCGUUGGACAAAAGUCUGCAAUUGGCGAAACUUGUCGGUUGCAAUCGCACAGAGGUGAAAAACAUCAUCGCUUGCUUACGAUCUGUCCCUGCACAACUUCUCGUCGACAACAUAUGGAAUUUAAAUUUAAAUUUUCUCGAAUUCCCAUUUGUAAUAGUAUCCAGGGAUCGCAAUUUCUUCCGGCAUAAGGAUGGAUUUACUUCGUUAAGAACGGGUCAAUACAUGCACGGAGUGAAUUUAAUGUUCGGGAUUAACCACGAUGAAGGGAAUUUUUGGAAUAUCUACAACUUGGCCAAUUAUUUCGACAAGGCUGAACAACCAGAGCUGAACCGAGACGAGUUCCACGACUGUGUUGAACGUGCGUUCGCCUCCCAACCGGAAUUGGUUCGGAGUGCGGCGAAGCACGUUUACUCGGAUCCGAAUUGCACCGAUCCGAAUAAGAGGACGCAGUUCUACGCUGAGCAGGUGAAUCAAAUGGUCGGCGAUUACUUCUUCACCUGCGACAGCAUCUGGUUAGCGGACAAAGCGCCAACACAUAAGCCGAAAGCUGGCCGUGUAUACGUCUAUUACUUCGAUCAACCAUCAAGUGCAAAUCCGUGGCCAAAGUGGACAGGAGUGAUGCACGGCUACGAAAUUGAAUAUGUUUUCGGAGUACCCAUCUACAACGAGACUGCUGGCUAUACUAAGCGAGAACAGGUCUUAUCCGAAAAGAUCAUCCAGUACUGGAGCUCCUUCGCAACAACUGGAGUGCCCCGCUUGAAAGAUUCCAAAUCGACUGAUAUUUGGCCUGAGUACGAUGGUGUGAACAACACGAGGUGGAUGCUCUUAAAGGGUGGAUCUCACGUGAAGCCGAUGCAGGCUCGAAAAAAAGUCGAAUGUGAUCUAUGGAGAACCGCCAAAGAUAUGGAGUACAACUCCUACCUGGCGGAAAUCAGGCAAUCAUCAGCGUUUGGGAUCUCGUUGUCGAUUCUGCUUCCACUACUCGUCUCGAUUCUCUUAUAG